UAAACAAAACCCUCAAGUGUGAUUUGCUAUAUCGUUUCAGACGUAAAUGCUAGAUAAAUUCUCCGAUCAAGUAUUUUAGUCACACAUAAAUAAUAACAUGCCACCCCGUCCACGUGUUAAAUAAUAUUCAAUAAAAAAUGAGGAGAGGUGUGGCCACCGUUAGAGCCAAAAUGCCAAUACCGGGACAACAGUUUCACAUUUAGCACUUCCUCGGACCGACAAGUUAGCUAACAGUAACGUGGAACCGCCAGAGACAGCCUCAACAUGGCACAGAGUGAGCCAAACGAAGAACAGGACCUAGCAAAGAAAAUCGAAGAAACCAGGCAGAGAUUCAAGAAUGAGUUGCUUCAAGAAUCAACAGAAAAGUAUGAUCAGAGGGAUGUGGAGAGGCUUCUAAAUGAUGAUGCUCUGGUGGAGGGCUACCUGGAAUGGAGGCAACAAGUUGUUGAUGAUGCCCUGAAAAUGAUAGAUGACAGCCUCCAGUGGAGGAAAGAGUUCGGUGUGAACGAUCUUAGUGAGAGCACUAUUCCCAGGUGGAUGUUUGAGACCGGUGCCGUCUUCCUCCAUGGCUACGACAAAGAGGGCAACAAGCUCUUCUGGUUUAAGGUGAAGCUGCACAUUAAGGAUGCAAAAACGGCCAUGGACAAGAAGAAGUACGUGGCUUUCUGGCUCGAGCGAUACGCCAAGAAGGAGCCUGGAAUGCCGCUCACUGUUGUGUUUGACAUGGCGGAAUCUGGAAUCAGCAAUAUAGACAUGGACUUUGUAAAGUAUGUUGUGAAUUGCUUCAAAGUGUAUUAUCCCAAGUUUUUAUCCAAAAUGGUGAUAGUGGAUAUGCCUUGGAUUAUGAAUGCUGCAUGGAAGAUUGUUAAGAGCUGGUUGGGGCCAGAAGCAAUCAGUAAGCUGAAGUUUGCCUCCAAAGCUGAAGUCCUGAACUACAUUGAUCCCGAGUACCUCCCGCCUCACAUGGGCGGAACGGAUCCUUUCAAGUACAAUUACCCGCCCCUUCCCGAUGAUGACUUCCAAACGCCCAUCUACGACAACGGACCCUCCAUCACCGAGGACGAGACGGAGAGCAAAGAGGCAGAACAGGAAAGCAAAGACACUCUGGAGUCGAGCUUCAGCUCGGACGUUGUCCCAAAGUCCAAGAAGGUGACUAUCCAGGAAGACCUUCCCAGGGCAGAGGACAAAGAUAGAGCAGAAUCAAGUGUCAGGGCAAACGGAGCCAGGAAGCCACUGACCACCUUCAAAGGCCCCCUGAUGGAUGUCAGCCCCGCAGAGGAGCUCAGCUUUGGGUCUGGGGAGACAGAAAGGAAAUGCCUCAUCGUCUUGACCAACGUGACCAAAAAUGUGGUGGCCUUUAAGGUACGGACCACAGCGCCUGAGAAGUACAGAGUGAAGCCCAGCAGCAGCAGCUGUGAACCAGGAGCUUCAGUGGACAUUGUUGUCUCCUUGCAUGGAGGCUUCCAGGCGUCUCCGCAGGACAGGUUCCUGGUCAUGGCGGCUGAGAUGGACGGCGCCGGGUCACAGGAACUGGCUCAGUUCUGGAAAGAAGUACCAAAAAACAAAAUCAUGGAGCACAGGUUACGCUGUCAUUGUGUGAGUAGCUCCAAACCGGCAUCAGACCUUCUGAAAGAGAGCCCUGUGGACACGCAGAGCAGCAGGCAGCUAGAUUUAAGCUCAUCGCUCAUGCGAGUGAUGGCCUGCAACCACCGGCUGGAGCAGAAGCUGGACACGUGUCUGUGGGUCCAGAAGGUCCUGAUUGGGUUGGUUCUGGUCCUGGUGGUGCUGAACCUGCAGUGUCUUUACCUGCUGGGUACAGCUCAGCGGCCCUCUUGACCCCGCCCCCCGCCACAGCGUCCUCCGUCUACAUGUCUCAACCUCGGACACACUCGCGUCUCCACAGUCGACGGGUCCUGUUGGUCAGCCCCCAGCCGUCCCACCGGCUGCUGCCAUGGAAACGAGCUGGCUAUAAAGACUUGCAAUCUCACUCAGAGUUCCUAAACGAAGAGACUUUAUCCGUCUCUUUUGAUUGGACAGAUUCCGGUUAGCAGUUUUUGAAAGUAGAACUGUCCAGAAGUGAUGUCUUUAAAUUAUUACAAAUCACUGUUGUAUUACAUCAAACAUGGCUAAAACAGUAGUUAUUUUCAGCUUAAUUUUUAUAUUAUUUAAAUCUAAAAAAAAUCUCUAUAAAGCUCAUUAAUAUAAAAGAAACUUUUUGUCAUCAACUGAAUUAAACCUCAUUUUUUUUGUGAAAGGAAACCCCCUUUCCCACUUUCCUCAGGUCUGAGCUGUAACCCCCCCCCCCAUGAACACUCAUUAGAGCACCCCUUUCUAAUUGAAAACACAGCCACAAAUGAGCUGCUGAAGCUCUCCAGCGCUCGGACUGGGCAGCAGCAGGAGAUCUGCGCUUCCACUAUCUCAUUUGGUUUUAAUUACCCCAACACCCAACUAAAAACUAAAAAUACCAAAGCAAUUACUGGCAGCACAACAGCGUGGCGCAACCCACUUGUAGCUUAGUGGGAAGCCCUGAUAUCUGGAAGUAGAUCCAGCUCGGAGCGAUCCGGAGCUGCAAGGACAGAGCCAGUUAUUAGCCGAGCGAACACCAAAGGCUGUCUGGUGUCGGUAAGUGGGGUUUGUUUUUUUCCAGUGGGUGGUUUGCUCCCAUCUGAGCCCGGGUUAGAAUGAUCCAUGUGAUCACGAGUCAACAGAUCUCACUGAGGAUUACAACUGUGUCCAUCUUGGUUUGGCCAAAAUACACGGUGUCCUUGAAACCACUAAUCCUACCAGUGAGCGAUAAAGGGAAAAACUCAAACAAUGUUUGUUUCACUUCACCGAUUGUCGGCAAUGGGAGAUAAUCAUGCCGGAGUGAUAGACAAACCGAAUAGCCUCACUGUGUUCAGUGUUCGGGGCCAAAACCAAAGAAUUCUAAAAGAAAACCCUUUUCAAUGUGGCAUCAAUGUCAUCAUUCUGUGGGUAUAAAAAGCUGAUUGUUCCAGUAA